GGAGACGAGCGAACGAACGCGCAUCCUUGCCACCGUUUCUGUCGUCCCGUUUUUCGUUGGAACCGAGGGUUGUGGAUCAGCCAAGGGAACGCAAGUGCUCCAGAGGGAGACGCGACUGUGCCGAAAUAAACUUUCUCGGGUUAUGUAAAGGCUGGCAGCUGGCUUGUGGAAUCGCCGGUAUAAAGGUCGGCUCUGCCCCCAACAGUCCAAGAGUUGCUCACGAACUUCACGCCGGCAACCAUCGAACACUGACGCUCUAUAUGUGACGUCGUCUUUUCACCUGACUGGCAGACCCAUCUUCCACCGUUAGCGCUUAUAUCUCACUUUCUCGGGAGAGCGUUGCCUUUGCACAGCCGCGCGUGUGUCUCAUCGUUUCGGCAACAUGCGUACCCUGGUCUUCCUCGCCCUCGUGGCAGCAGCUCACUGCCAGGAAUACUACAGCAAACCUGAGAAGAUCCUUUCCGAGAACCGUGACCUGGGCGACAAUCGUGGCCACUACUCGUUCAACUACGAAACCGAGGGUGGUAUCGUCCAGAAAGAGACUGGAAGUCGUAAAUACGCUGGCACACCAUCGGAGACUCAGCUGAUCCAAGGAUCCGUGCAGUACAACGCCCCAGAUGGUACACCGAUCGCGAUCAGCUGGACAGCCGACGAAUUCGGCACUCAAGUAGCGGGCACCCACGUUCCAACCCCUCCACCUAUACCACCCGCCAUUCAGAGAGCCCUGGAGUGGAUCGCGAAACAGCCAUCCACCCCCGAACCAGAGGAAGACGCCAAAGACUCGUCCAGUCAACAGAACCUCGUCCCCACGAGCAAAAAUAGCCAGUUCAAACAGCUGCGGCCAAGCCAACGAAACUGAUCAUCCGUAUUAUCACUAAGUAGCAUAUAAGUUCAAUUAGUCGUUUGUAAUGUAACGAAUAAAUUUGUAUUUUUGUAGAAAGCCCGAAUCGCUUUUUGAAUAAUCUUUAUCGCGGUGGUUUGUUUCUCGAUUGCGGAUGUUUAUGCGAAUUCAUAUAUUGAAAUUUGGCGAGUUUACUGUUAGAGUAGUAGUCGUGAAAAUUUUUGCCGUGUCUAAAGCUUUGUUGUAAGACGAUCAGAAACCAUUUGAUUUAAUAUUUGUGAUAGUAUUUAAUUUGUUAACAUCGUUAAGUAUACGAAUUGUCAUCAGAUUCAGUUUAUUUUAUAUCUCGCAAUCGAAAUAAAUUCUUUUAGAUCCUUUAGCAUCUUCUAAACGGUAUAACGUGUAUAUUAUCGUUUACAUUUUGUGAGUUAUGCAUUUGUAGAGAUUUUCAUUGAUUUCUCCAUAUUUUCAUUUAUCGUAAUUGCGUAGACAUGGGCAGUCUACUCAUAUAUUUUUGAAGGAUAGGUUUCUUCGUUGGAACGAAGAAGUUGUGAUCUCUAGGUUGUGGUAUUGUCGUUGUACGAUGGAUGAUGAAACUCAUUGUUGAGUAAAUCGUAAACUUAUUAUGAGAAUAUAACAAUUUUUUUUAAUUGUCUGUACUGUAUACAUUUAAGGCUCUCUGGACAAAUCUACUUGAACUUGAGGCAAAUUUCUGAAACUUGAGUUUCAGAAAUAGUCCUUGGGGUAUUCCCAAACAAAACCUCUAUGGAAACACAUUUAACCUUCUGUUAUUCUCUAAACCAAGUAUUCCAAAUUCAGAAUGUUCAAGUAAAGGAAAAUAUGUGAAA